CAAGCACAGAUGACAGGUGCAGACCUCCUCUCUAUAGGAAAUGCAGAUGAAUCAGAAUGGGUACGAGAUCAAGCCGGAAUGAUAUGGUUGGAUGAUCCAAGAUGGCCGGGUUGGUGGACAGGGUUAAAUGAUCUUCCGAAUGGUAAUGCGGGUCCGUGGAGAUGGACUGAUGGUACAGAAUACAUAGAAAGUUUAAUAACCUGGUCGCAGCAACCUAAUCUGUUUGGAGGUGGUCAAUGUACCUUGAUAGGACAAAAUGGUCUAUAUCGCUCAUCCAAUUGUAACAGUAAACGUUCAUCUAUAUGUAUACAAGUGUCUGGUGGUCCAUCAGCCGGUGGUUUAAAAGGCUCGCCAACUGGAGGGCAAACUGCAGGAAUUGUUAUAGGAGUAAUUGUGCUAAUUGCAUUGCUGGCUGUUCUAGCAUUGAUUGUAUACAAAAUGAGGACUGGGCCUAGACCACCAAAGGCCACAGGGGGCAUUGCUAACAUUCUAUAUGGAAAGGAAUAAUAUAAAAUAGUUGUUUUAUUCACAUCAAGAUUUGUAAAACAUAUACCUAUCUGAAUAAUUGUUUCAUGUCCAUCAUACCAAUACGACACGUAUAAUGAUAUUAUUAUAAUUACAUGAACUUUACUGAGUAUUAUCAUUGUGUAGGAUUCUAUAUAUUCACCCAUCGAGGCCUUAUAAAAUAUGCAUGUACAUACGGUAUAUCACAAAUAGAUUUCAUAAUUACGAAUAUAU